UCACUGGUAUGUGUACACAAUCUGAUUCAACUGAAAUGUUUCGUCAGUAGACUACAGCCCGCCCUUUUAUUUCCCACCGGACAUCAGAGAGUCUGCUAUAAAUAAAGGAAAGCGCUACACUUCACACAGACACAUCUCUGAAGACCAGGAUCUCACAGACAGAAAGAUGGAGGGACGUUUUCUCGGAUGCUGUUUGCUCAUAACCUUAAUCCAAAGCGCAUUCGCUUACAGACUUUCACCCAAAGAAGUCUGCCUUCUCCAAGUGGACGAAGGACCGUGUUUGGAUGAUGUGCCUCGUUUUUACUACAACACGCUCACUCAGAAGUGUGAGGAGUUCAGCUAUGGAGGCUGCGAGGGAAACUUGAACAACUUCAAGUCUUCUGUGGAGUGCCGUAAAACCUGCUAUUCUAUUCCGAAGAUUCCCCGAAUCUGUCGCCUUCCAAAGGAAGAGGGGCUAUGCUUCGCCAUUUCCAAGCGUUAUUUUUUCAACAUGACCUCCAUGCGGUGUGAAGAGUUCUCUUACGGAGGCUGCAAUGGAAAUAAUAACAACUUCCAAAAUCAUAUCUCGUGCAUGGAAUACUGCCAUCCUUCAAAUUCUGUCCCUGUGAUUUGCCUCGGUGGCUUGGAUGAAGGAACAGGCAGUGCCUCUAUACCCAGAUACUACUACGACUCUACCCAAAAAAAUUGCAGACAGUUCAAGUAUACAGGAAGUGGAGGAAACAACAAUAAUUUUGUCUCCAUGAAAAGCUGCAUGGGGGUUUGUGCUAAAAAAAGUAAAGCAUGGAGACCAUUUGGGCAAUCUACAAGAAUUCUUCGAAAAAGAUUAUAAUUCAUAGCGAGCUUUUUCUUAAACCAGAUGUGCUAGUGUAAGCACACAUGCUUUCUAAUCUUAUUGUAAUGUGAAUCUGUUGUACUACACGUAUUCUCUUCAAUAUCUGUUUAUAGUAUGUAAUUUUACAUAUGCAGUGUGUGUGUGUGUGUGUGUGUGUGUGUGUGUUAGUUACAAGUUGUAUGAUUGGACUGUGUAUUUGAAUUACACUGUGAAUUUUCAUUUUAUUUUAUUUUUUUACUUUUGUAACAUAUGAUAUUCAGAAAAGUGGCCUGCUUGUAUAUUUUAACAUGUUUAUAUAUUUGUUUAUUUUAAUCAUUUUGUAUUGUGUACAUUUAAAUAAAGACUUUCAGUUUCUCUGUCAUAA